AUGAGCGCUGCACUUUCCGGCACAGAAAUGCGAGCCAUCGCCAAAGAGGCGUUCAUUUACGGCUGGCCUGUUUGUGAGCACUACAACACCCUCUACGCAUACAGCAUUGAUGUCAAGAACCCAGACUACAAGGCACCGCUCAAUCAGAUCCACAGCACUGCGCGGGUCUUCACACCCGAGGACAAGGUGAUCGUAACGCCGAACUCGGACACGCCAUACUCCUUCGCCUGGCUGGACCUACGAACGGAGCCGGUGGUGAUAACGGUCCCGGCCAUGGAGAAGGACCGCUACUUCUCUUUUCAGAUGAUUGAUAUGUACACACACAACUUCGACUACCUGGGCACUCGAUGUACGGGCAACUCCGGGGGAGUGUACAUGAUCACAGGCCCUGGGUGGAAGGGCGGCAGCUACAGUGGCGAGGGACCACCUGCCAAGGUGGACAAGGUCCUUUCCUGCGAGACGCCCCUGGCCUUGGCCAUGGUCCGCACGCAGCUGAAGGGACCCGAAGACCUCGAGAACGUGAAGGCCAUCCAGUCUGGCUACAAGGUCACUCCUCUCAGUAGCUAUCUGGGAAAGCCCACUCCGGAAGCCAAGUCGGUGAAUUGGCCAAAGUCGGAUAAGGCCCUGACCAUGACGGUGAAAACGUACGAAAUCCUGGAUUUCGUCCUAUCUCUGCUUCCGGUGCACGAGAGCGAAAGGGAACUGCGCGCUCGACUUCUUCAGCUCGGGAUCGGCUCUGGAGGGCUCCGGAUCUCGGAGUCUCCUCCUGAAGUCGUCGAAGCUCUGGAGCAAGGGAUGAAGGAUGGUUGGGCAGAGUACGAGGAGGUCAUCGAGAAGAGCUUCGCGCAGGGCAAGAUGUCCAGCGCGGAUCUUUUCGGCACGCGCGACUUCCUGAAAAACGAGUACAUCAAGAGGUUUGGCGGGGCCAAACUUGGAAUCUACGGGAACUCCCGGGAGGAGGCCUUCUACCCGCUCUACAAGACCUUGGACGGGCAAGCUUUGGAUGCUUCGAAGAGUUCCUAUAAGCUGGUCUUGAGCAAAAAGGACCAAGAGAUUCCCAAAGCAUUCUGGUCACUGACGAUGUACGACGGUGUCUCGCAGCUCCUUGUCGAGAAUCCGCUGAACCGCUAUCUGCUGAACAGCGCUAUGCUUCCUUCCAUGAAGGUCGCAGAAGACGGCUCUGUGACGCUGCAUAUCUCCGCAUCAUCGCCUGGCCCAGAGCUGGAAAGUAACUGGCUCCCUGCUCCCUCCGGCCUCUUCUACAUGGUCAUGCGGCUCUAUUUGCCAAACUCUGACGCAUUUUCGGGUGGCUGGCAGCAACCAAAGUUGCAGCUAGUGCCGAAGUGA